UCUGUCUUGUGAGCAGCGUGAUGCUAAGCUGAUGAGAAUGAAAUCAAAUACACUGGACACGCAGAGGGAGAAACACCAGUUUAUCUGACAGUCAAUUAGACAUCUUUAAAAUUUACAUUACAGGCACAAAAAUAACGUUAUAUGAUCAAACUACAGCGAGAGUAAAAUGAAUUCAUGAUGGUUAAACGUACAGCUCCUACUCUGCUCACCAAAAUGUGCUGCCUUUUAGUGCUGCUCCAAAGGGGAAGCUUGUCACAAGCCAUUAUCUAGUUAGCACCUAUACUAAUGUGGACGCUUUCUCUGUGGAGAUGGAGGAGGAAGACAGAUCUACAAAGCGACAGGAAGCUAGAACACCUCAUCGUCCAUUUGAGGAUGAGAGGCCUCUCUUCCACAGCAAUCAGACGCCACCAGGACCUUCUGAGCCAUUUUUGCUGCCAGGAAGUGAUGUAAAAGUUCCGUACACCAUCAAUCGCUAUUUACGUGACUACCAACGAGAAGGCAUUAAAUUCAUCUAUCAUAGCUAUGUUAAAUCUAGAGGAUGCAUCCUGGGUGAUGAUAUGGGUCUUGGGAAGACCGUUCAGGUCAUCGGCUUUCUGGCUGCAGUUCUGCAGAAAACAGGUACAUGGAAAGAUGUCGAGAACAACAGGCCACAGUUUUUGCUGUCACAGAAACCAUCAGAACAAGUGCAGAAGGUUUUCCUCAUUGUGGCUCCGCUCUCUGUUCUCUACAAUUGGAAAGAUGAGUUAGACACGUGGGGUCAUUUCAGAGUGGUGGUCGUGCACGGUGUGAGGAAGGAUGAAGAAUUGGCACGUGUGCAGAGAGGAAGAUGUGAAAUUGCUCUUACAACUUAUGAGACCCUUAGACUCUGUUUGGACCAGUUCAACAGUAUUGAUUGGGCUGCUGUUAUCGUUGAUGAAGCUCACAAAAUAAAGAACCACAAGUCCCAGAUCACUCAGGCCAUGAAGGAGAUGAGAUGUAAAGUGAGAGUUGGACUGACAGGAACAGUCCUUCAGAACAACCUGGAGGAGUUGUGGUGUGUUAUGGACUGGGCCAUUCCUGGAUGCCUUGGUUCACUGGCGGGUUUUAAAAACAGGUUUUCAGACCCCAUUGAGCAUGGGCACAAGCACACCGUGACAAAAAGAGCUCUUGCAGAAGGUCGUAAAGCAGUUCAGGACCUUGCCAAAAGACUCUCACGCUGGUUCCUCAGAAGAACAAAAGCCCUCAUCAGCGAUCAGCUACCUAAGAAGGAUGAUCGAGUAGUCUACUGUUCUCUCACAGACUUCCAGCGGACAGUUUACCGUGCCGUGCUGGACUCAAACGAUGUGACCCUGCUGUUGCGGAGCUCAGGAAAGUGUCACUGUGGGAGUGGCCGUCCACGAAAGAAGUGCUGCUACAAACUGAACGCAGACGGAGUGCCGGUCAGACACUUGUACUUCAGUUAUCUGGCUAUCCUGAGAAAGGUGGCCAAUCAUGUUGCACUACUGCAGUACAAAGAAGGAACCAGUAAAAAGCAGGAGAAAUAUGUGGCAGCCAUUUGUGAGCAAGUUUUUAGGAAAUUUCCAGAUUUCACAGAGAGGUGCAAACAAGCAGCCUUUGAAGCAAUGUCUGACCCCAUGUACAGUGGAAAAAUGAAGGUUCUGCAAAAGCUACUCAACCACUUUAUCGCAAAGAAAGACAAAGUUCUACUCUUCUCUCUUUCCACCAAGCUGUUAGAUGUUCUAGAAAGCUAUUGUAUGGCCGAAGGUCUGGAGUACCACAGACUGGAUGGAAACACCAAGUCUAAGGACCGAGUUAAGAUAGUGAAAGAGUUCAACAGCUCUCGGGAUGUCAACCUGUGUCUGGUGUCUACCUUGGCGGGUGGGCUUGGUCUCAACUUCGUUGGAGCGAAUGUUGUCGUGCUGUUUGAUCCAACAUGGAAUCCUGCCAAUGAUCUUCAGGCUAUUGACAGGGUGUAUCGUAUUGGCCAGUGCAGGGAUGUGACGGUUUUUAGAUUUAUCUCUUUAGGAACGGUAGAGGAGAUCAUAUACCUGCGCCAGAUUUACAAACAGCAACUUCAGUCAUCAGUCGUAGGCCAGGAGAAUGCUAGACGCUACUUCGAGGCUGUUCAGGGUACCGACGGGCAGGCAGGAGAGCUGUUUGGCAUCCGAAACCUUUUCCGUCUACAGACUGAUGGCACCUGUCUUACUCACCGCAUCCUAGAGAGGGAGGGCCGAGUGGAGGUGGGGAUCAUGACGGCCAGAACUCAAGCUCUGGAUGAGAGGCUGCAGGAGCCAGAUCUUCAGUCAGCAGAUGCUGCUACUGAGAAAGCAGGUGGAUCAGCAGGUGCUGGGUUUAAACCUGCUGGGGUGUUGGACUUCAGCAGUGCAAGUGAAGAUGAAGAUCCCUGCUGCUCGAGGUCCAAGCCCUCAGAAACACACACAGGAGAAGAAGGGGGAGCUGGUACUACCUGCAUUGGCAAUAUGGGCCUGUAUGGUCUGCUUCAGAGACAGAUGGCUCAGAGACAACGUCAGGAGAUGGACAGCGAUGAGGACUCUAGUAGCCAGGAUGAGGACAACUGUGAAAAACCCACCAUGAUUAAGGAACAGACAUCCAAGACACGGGAUCUGUCCGUUCAAUCAAGGGAAGGGUUGGAGGAAGUCACUGCAGAACAACAGAAAAAAUCAGCAGACCUUGAGCUCCUUCCAACAAGAUCACAGAAACACAACAACGACAGCAAGAAUCAUUUUCACAAAAGGGUGAAGUUUGUAGAAGAAAUACCUGAAGAUGAUCUCGAACGUUUUUUUUCAUCAGAAGAUGAAGCUCCCCAGGAAGGCAUCAAAUGUGUGAAGGGUCCUUCUCCUCAGGACAAUAAAUCAACUGACAGAUGGUCCUCAGGGAGGGACAACACUACUCAAAAAUCUUUGGGAAUGAAGAGCCGAAACUCACUGCAAACAUCAGGAUCUGACAAAACCCAAUCCAGAGAUGAAGAUAAAAACAGAACACUGGACUCAUUAUUAGGUGGACUUCAGCAUGUGAGCUACACCCACUCUAAUCAGAAGAUAGUGGGCUCCAGCAAAGCAGAAGACCACCUGAGCCGUGCUGCCGUACGAGAUGUGUUUGAACUCAACAAGCAUUCACAGCAGCUGGCAAACCAGCUUCUGGACUCAUCAGAGAGCCAAGCAUCUGAUCACGCACUCAAAGAUCACAUUGAUGGAAGUCAGACACGGCAGGAAUAUGACAGUCACCUAAUUAAGCAUCCGGUCACACACACCAUCAAAACCUCUUACCGCCAGAAAAAUGUCACUGUCAUUGUGGGCGAGACACCUAGUAGCAUGUGCAGACAGCAGGUGGAAGAAAUGACUCAGUUCUUUGGAUUUGACUCUGUACGGGAUUUUGCAGAAGACAUUCUGAAAAACAGUUCAGAGCAGAGACUGAGCCGAUUACGGAGCUUCUACAGCCAGAAGAGCCCUGAACUCAAGAACAUCAUCAAAAAGGCCUUUCUUAAACCCAACAUCGAGCCAGAGCCUUAUAAACAAAGACCUACCUCAAAAAGAGCCCACCCAAACUCUUCUCUUAAACCUCAAGUUGAAGUACCAAUCCCUAGGGUUGAGGAUGGAACAAAAACAUUGAAGAAAAAGAAGACGGUUGAAACAGAAACCUCUGAGGUUCACCUUCAUUCCAGUACAGACCUCAUAAACAAUAAAAUGAAGAUGUCCUCCACAGGCAAAUUCUCAUCAUCAAUUUCUGGACAUGUUGCUCAAAGCGGUAGCACCAGUGCACUAGUAGAAGAAAGUAAAAGCAACAUUACUAGUUCCUCACAGCCUUUCAAGGACAAGGAAGGCCCAUCACGGUCAUCUCGCGUCUCCACAGAUGGUUGUGUUGCAUCAGACUCAACCCAGACUAGCAGCUCCUCACAAAUCACCGACCUUUUAGGAGACACAUCCAUCCUGGAUGACUUGUUCAAGUCAAAGAGGAAAACCGUAGACCAACCUAAAGAUGUGAAAACAUACACAUAUACAGAAAGAGCAAAAAGUAGAGGAAAGGACUUCUGGGACAUUUUGAAUGAGGGGAACGAGGAGAGCAUUAACAAACUCACGGAUCUGACAGAGGUGGAGAAGAUCUGUAACAGUGUCAGUAUCUCUACAAAGUCUAGGAGUAAUGAGGAAACUGAAAGCUCUCAACUUUGGAGAAAGAAUGAGAAAUUUCUUUGGAAACAUUAGGUUUUUUUUAAAAUUCUUUGAACAUAUCUUUUUUUUUUUUAAAAAAAAAUAUAUAUAUAUAUUAUUUACAAUGUUAUGUUUUAUUGCAAGGGCAGGCUUUAUGUGCAUUUUUUUUUUAAAUUUCUUUUUCAUUAUAAUUUUUUUUUUUUUAUGUUUAUUUGUAUUUUAGGAUUCAUGCUUUUAUUCUUGUUUUUUUAUGAUAUUAGAGUUCAUGUUUUUAUGAAGGCACAAGGAUGUAAUUUAAUUUGUUCACAUGAAAGGAAAUGUAAAUAAAGAAAAAAAGGGAAAAAAUAUUAAAAUAAAAUAACAUUGACAUA